UGCGCCGCUUUCGACCCCGGGAAAGGAGCGCUGGCUUGCGGCACUGACUGCGGGGAGCGGCAUCUCAGCGCAGGCGUCUUCCAAACGAGCGGACCGGCCCCCACAGACCCUCGCAGGGUGCAGUGUUUACGGCGUAGCUUGUUUAUGUUGAAUUGAAGUCAUUUCUGACAGAUCGGCAAGGGAUAGCGAAGUCCCCAAGGAAGCAGCAACAUGACAGCGGUAGAAACGCAAGUUCAAUACACUACCUACAUGACGUCGACCACGGAGGAGUACAUGCACCAGGAGGAAGACUGGGACAGAGACCUGCUGCUGGACCCGGCGUGGGAGAAGCAGCAGCGCAAGACCUUCACUGCCUGGUGUAACUCUCACCUGCGCAAAGCUGGCACACAGAUCGAGAACAUCGAGGAGGACUUCAGGAACGGCCUGAAACUGAUGCUCCUGCUGGAGGUGAUCUCAGGUGAGCGGCUGCCUAAGCCGGACAAAGGCAAGAUGCGCUUCCACAAGAUCGCCAACGUCAACAAGGCCCUGGACUUCAUUUGCAGCAAAGGAGUGAAGCUGGUGUCCAUCGGAGCGGAGGAGAUUGUGGAUGGGAAUGUGAAGAUGACCCUGGGAAUGAUCUGGACCAUUAUCCUGCGUUUCGCCAUCCAGGACAUCUCUGUUGAGGAAACGUCCGCCAAGGAGGGUCUGCUGCUGUGGUGUCAGAGGAAGACUGCCCCCUACAGGAACGUCAACGUGCAGAACUUCCACAUCAGUUGGAAGGAUGGCUUGGCUCUGUGUGCCCUCAUCCACAGACACAGACCUGACCUCAUCGACUACUCCAAACUGCGCAAGGACGACCCCAUCGGCAACCUCAACACAGCCUUUGAAGUGGCAGAGAAGUUUUUGGACAUACCCAGAAUGCUCGACGCUGAAGACAUUGUGAACACCCCAAAGCCCGAUGAGAAGGCCAUCAUGACCUAUGUGUCCUGCUUCUACCACGCCUUCGCUGGGGCCGAACAGGCCGAGACUGCUGCUAACAGGAUCUGUAAAGUGUUGGCUGUGAACCAGGAGAACGAGAAGCUGAUGCAGGAGUAUGAGAAGCUGGCCAGUGAGCUGCUGGAGUGGAUCCGCCGCACCAUCCCCUGGCUGGAGAACCGCGUGGCGGAGCAGACAAUGCGCGCCAUGCAGCAGAAGCUGGAGGACUUCCGCGAUUACCGCCGCGUCCACAAGCCCCCGCGCGUGCAGGAGAAAUGCCAGCUGGAGAUCAACUUCAACACGCUGCAGACCAAGCUGAGGCUGAGCAACCGGCCCGCCUUCAUGCCCUCCGAGGGCAAGAUGGUGUCGGACAUCGCCAACGCCUGGAAGGGGCUGGAGACGGUGGAGAAGGGCUACGAGGAGUGGCUGCUGACCGAGAUCCGCCGCCUGGAGAGGCUGGACCACCUGGCUGAGAAGUUCAAGCAGAAGUGCUCGCUGCACGAGUCCUGGACUACAGGGAAGGAGGAGCUGCUGUCUCAGACGGACUACGAGUCGGCCUCUCUGAUGGAGAUCCGCGCCCUGAUGAGGAAGCACGAGGCCUUCGAGAGCGACCUGGCCGCUCACCAGGACAGAGUGGAGCAGAUCGCUGCCAUCGCCCAGGAGCUCAAUGAGCUGGAUUACCAUGAUGCUGCCACCAUCAAUGCCCGCUGCCAGGGUAUCUGUGACCAGUGGGACAGUCUGGGCACCCUGACCCAGAAGAGGAGAGACUCACUGGAGCGCGUGGAGAAGCUGUGGGAAACCAUCGACCAGCUGUACCUGGAGUUUGCCAAGAGGGCGGCGCCCUUCAACAACUGGAUGGACGGGGCCAUGGAGGACCUGCAGGACAUGUUCAUCGUGCACAGCAUCGAGGAGGUCCAGAGCUUGAUCACUGCCCAUGACCAGUUCAAGGCCACGCUGCCCGAGGCCGACAAGGAGCGCAUGGCCACCAUGGGCAUCCAGAACGAGAUAGUGAAGAUCGCCCAGACCUACAGCAUCAAGCUGUCCGGCAUCAACCCCUACACCAACCUCACCCCCGAGGACAUCACCAACAAGUGGGAGGCGGUGAAGCAGCUCGUGCCCCACAGAGACCAGAUGCUGCAGGAGGAGGUUGCCAGGCAACAGGCCAACGAGAGGCUGCGGCGCCAGUUUGCGGCCCAGGCCAACAUCAUUGGACCUUGGAUCCAAACCAAGAUGGAGGAAAUCGGCCACGUCUCGGUGGACAUCGCCGGGUCCCUGGAGGAACAGAUGAACAACCUGAAGCAGUACGAGCAGAACAUCAUCAACUACAAGUCCAACAUCGACAAGCUGGAGGGAGACCACCAGCUGAGCCAGGAGUCCCUGAUCUUUGACAACAAGCACACCAACUACACCAUGGAGCACAUCCGCGUGGGCUGGGAGCAGCUCCUCACCACCAUCGCCCGCACCAUCAACGAGGUGGAGAACCAGAUCCUGACCCGCGACGCUAAGGGCAUCAGCCAGGAGCAGCUCAACGAGUUCCGGGCCUCCUUCAACCACUUUGACAGGAAGAGGAAUGGCAUGAUGGACCCAGAUGACUUCCGUGCCUGUCUGAUAUCCAUGGGCUACGACCUGGGCGAGGUGGAGUUCGCCCGCAUCAUGACCCUGGUGGACACCAACAACACGGGCGUGGUCACCUUCCAGGCCUUCAUCGACUUCAUGACCCGCGAGACGGCCGAGACAGACACUGCCGAGCAGGUCAUGGCCUCCUUCAAGAUUCUGGCCUCCGACAAGUCCUAUAUCACAGUGGAGGAGCUGCGCAGGGAGCUUCCUCCAGAGCAGGCUGAGUACUGCAUCAGCCGCAUGACCAAGUACAUCGGCAGCGACGCCCCGUCUGGCGCCCUGGACUACAUCAGCUUCUCCAGCGCCCUGUACGGAGAGAGCGACCUGUAGUACACGCCAGAGCCCUGUAACACACUUUAACCCCAUCACCCUGUAACACACCCUAUCAUCUUCCAUACCCUCACACUCCAGCACACCCUCACCCUGUCACACACCCUCACCCGGUCACACACCCUCACCCCGGUCACACACCCUCACCCGGUCACCCUCCACACCGGGACCCCUCGUGAUCACACUCAGACCCCCCCAGUGCCAGCAUUUCUCGGCCGUCACCCGGCACACCUCUGCUGCACUCUAAAGAAGCCUGAGGUUCUGGCUGAGCCCAAAAUCCAACUGAGGGGCCUGAACUAAGAACAGGGGUACUGGAACCCCAGUCCUCAUCCCCUCAAACCCUGACCCCCCCCAUCCCCUGUCCCGGCAGGAGAAUCUAGCCGAGUGGACCACAGAUCAGAAUCCAAAAUAAAAAUAAGACAAUGAUAUGAAGAAUCAAUUAGGAUUCAAACAGAGACAGAGAGAGAGAGGGGGAGGGGGAGGGUCUCUAAAGCCCCCCUCUACAGUUGUGUUGGGGGCCCUUGAAAAUGGUUGUGAGGUACAGUUUAAUGGAACUAGCAGGUUACAGAGGAGAAUAUUUCUGUGAGAAAGGCCCAGGACAUGCUGCCCAUGACCUGCAGUGCACUGUGGGAGAUGUAGUUUAUGCAGGGGUGAUUUGCUCAUUUUGCCUCCAUGCGGCUCUGCUGGGCUCUUAACCUCUCCCUCUCCUCUGUCUAAAACCACCUCCCACCUCCUGUCUCUCCUC